AUGCGUAUUACCGAGCUUACCAUCUUUACCUACAAGGCCAAUUAUAACUAUGGCACCUAUGCUAUGUCAGGAGGACGAGUGAAUGAUGGCGAGCCGUCUCUCGUGAUUCGUAUCCGUACCGACAGCGGCAUCGAAGGCUGGGCUGAAAAUGCCCCGUUAGGUAGUGACUAUCUACCAAGUUCGUUCACCGGCGAGCUCGCUGCUCUGAAGGAGCUUGGGCCGGGGAUUUUGGGCCUUGACCCUCGGUCACCGGCAGCUAUAAGUGCAAUGCUUUAUCGCGCGAUGAUGUCAGGCAUUGCUGCGAAAUCGAUUAUAGAUAUGGCCUGUUGGGAUAUCCUGGGAAAGUCAGUGGGGCUACCAACUCACGUUCUGCUUGGUGGCUGCCUUACCAAAGAGCCGUCAGCCUUUUGUGUGGUAGUCAUGCAAUUGACAGUCGGAGAUGAUCCUCUGGAGGAUGCCCGGUGGAUGCCUGCGAUUCUUGAAGCACUGCCCGAACAUAUCAAGCUCUUCCCAGAUGCAAACGCGGGAUGGACCCUUGAACAGGCCUUGACAUACUGCCGAGCACUGGGGCAACAUGACCUACGCCUUAUGCCUUUGGAACAACCAUGCCGAACCCUAGCGGAUUCUGCCGAGGUCGGUCGGCGAACUGGAGUGCCAAUUAUUCUCGACGAGUGCAUUUUCACCAUGGCCGAUCUAGCAGCGGCCCACGCGGCGGGUAUCACGGGAGUCAACAUUAAAAUUUCGCGCGUCGGCGGGUUUACGAAGGCCCGAGUCAUGCGUGAUGCCGCGGUUGCUCUUGACAUGAUGGUUACUAUUGACGAUAGUUGGGGAUGCGCGCUUACGACUGCGGAGAAUCUUCAAAUGGCCGCGUCCACUGGACCUGAUAGACUCCGUGCUGUUGACUGCUAUGCAGAGUGGACAAACCCAAUGAUUGCAGAUGCCCCUCGAAUGCAAAAGUCUAACGGUGGCGUUGUCCCUCUAGACACCCCUGGGAAUGGGUUUGGGAGUGUGGAUCUCAGCUUCUUAGGGGAGCCCAUAUUCAAAAUUGCAGCAUAG